AUGAAAUCUAAACAAAAGCAAAAAAAGAGAAGUAACAAUUAAUUUUGGAAUACAAUCUAAGAAAUCCGUAAAAUGACAAAUGAUCACAUGAAUCAAAAAGAAAAGAAGCAUUUUGCAGCAUCAGAAAAGGGUAUGAAGCAAAAAGGUUAAAAAAUGCCAUUGAAAAUGCUCUAAGGUAUUAGAUCUAAGAUUAUAGAUACUUAUAAAAAGCAAAAAGAAAGAGCUAUCACUGAAAAUAUUUAGUAUGAUUCCGUAUAGAGAUUCCAUGAUACAAAAUUCUUAGAAAAGCAUAUUAACAAAAAGAAAUAAAAAUCUGAAUAUCUCAAGAACAAUUACAAAUAUAAAGAUAUGAAAAGUAAAUAGUUUGGUGACUUUAAGGGAGGUGUUCUUAAUGUAUCAUCAAAAGAUUUAAAAAAUUUAAAUGGUCCUACAAAAAAAAUUCAAAAAAGAAGAAAAUGA